UUUGUCAUUAAAGUUUAUAAGUUGGAAGAGUGCGAAAGUGAAGGCAGGGGGAGGAGCAAGAGGAGCAAGAAUGAAUCCAUGUCCAAGCCCUAAUCUUUCCUCAACGCUCUCUUCCCUCAACAACCUAAUUUAUCUCUCAAACCAAAUUCUCUCCCUCACCCCCUCUCCACCAACCCUAAACACCAACCUAAUCCAAUGCCUCUUCAAUCCGCACCACCGUCUCCCCCCUCACUCCCUCUUCCUCCACCACCUCCGUUGCCCUUCCGCUCCUCGCCCCCUCCCCGAUCUCACCCACUCUCUCGCCUACCCCCAAACCCUCCACAACCCCCCCUCCGAUCAACUCUCUUUCUACCUCAACUCCCUCUCCAACUUCUUCUACCGCCAUUGCCCCGCCGUCGUACCUUUCUCCCCUGCACACGCCCUCACCCAAACCGCCACCCUCACUCUCCCCUCCUUCCUAUCUCUCCAAUGCACCCACACAAACGCCACCCACGCGCCCAUUCUUCCCUCUAGCUACUUCUCCAUCGCGCGUGAACUCGAUUACUGGAACGAUUUCCCCAAUUCCUUCUCCAACUCCGUUACUCGCGCCGUUUCGGCUCUCGGAACCGCCGACGACCGUCAAUUAACGGACUGGAUUAUCGCGAACUCGCCUCGAUACGGCGUCGUUAUCGAUACCGCUAUGCAGUGCCAUGUAUUUCGCUUAUGCUGCGUAUGCCUCAAGUCGAUUAUCAAAGAAGCUUCCGUUUCCGCGGAGAGCCAAGACUCGCGCGUGGAUUGCCCCGUCUCCUACCAGGCUUUGACUUGGUUAGCGUCUCAGGUUUCGAUCCUCUACGGCGCAAUUAACGCAAAGGCUUUUGUUCUUAAUUUUUUGAAAAAAUGUGUCAUGGUUGGUGCGUCGGUUCUGUUGCUGUUUCCUUUAGGGAACGACUCUUCGAAGCAAGAGUCCCGAAAUUUAAGUGCAGGGAGUGGGGACGUUGAGAAUGCGAAACCUGGUGCUCAGUGUGGGCAGAAGAAAAACUGUGUACUGAGUAGAAGCAUUUCUGUGCCACAAGUUGCUGCGGCUGUUGCGGCGUUGCAUGAAAGGUCUUUGUUUGAACAGAGAAUUAAGGGGUUUUGGUUUUCUCAGCAGCCAAGUAACUAUCAGCUGGCUGCUGAGCAUUCUUAUUUGUCUGAGAAAGCAAAUGAAGAGCGGACAAAGCGUCUUGAUUAUGAACCCCUAAUUGAUCAUGAUGGCCUUCAUCGGCAGCAAUCAUCCAAUCAGGAAACAUCUAAAAAAAAGACACGGGAGGAGUUGCUUGCUGAAGAAAGGGAUUACAAACGUCGAAGAAUGUCAUAUCGUGGCAAGAAGGCAAAUAAAUCACAAUCACCUUUACAGGCAAUGCGGUACAUGAUAGAGGAUUUCAUGGAGCAAAUCAAGCAGGCUGGAGGUUUUGAGAGCCCUGUGAAGAUGUCUAAAGAGACUGGGUUGUUUCCACCCAAGCCUCCUGCUGACAUUCCCAUGGAAGCUAAUAAUUCAAGAAAAGUUAAUCAUGAUUCACCUGAAGUGACAAUCAGUAAUGCACGUAAUUAUGAGGAACAAUCACAAACUAACUGUUGUGACAAAAGCAAAAGUGUGGAGGAUGAUGCAUUUUCUAGAGAUCACAAACAACGCAAACAUGAGCAUCAUAGGAGCCAUUAUUAUCGAGAAGAUCAACGGGAUGCAGAACGAGGAAAAUAUCAUAGAGAUCGUCCAUCUACAAGCUCUGAAAGACACUUAAGUCAUGGUCGAUCACAAGAGUAUAGUAGUCAUCAUAACAAACAGGAUUACUUCUCAAAUAGAAAGAAGUAUGAUAACUCAUCUAGAAUCAGGGAUAGGUGGCAAAAGGACACUCACAGGAGUCGCAAUUCAGAUUCUUUCCCGAAGAAUGCAUUUUCAGACCGAUAUCAUCCUUCAGAGUCUCUUGAUAUUUGUGAGGAUGAUAUCUCCAACAAUAAAUGUAUCAAGUCAGAUAAACUUGAUGACAAGGAAAGUUAUUAGCAUUGUCUUGGUCAGAACUGUGAAGACACUACAUUUGCAGUGGCCUGUGGUAAUAACUUACCAAGCCUCAGAGGUUUUAUCAAUGUAUCCUCCUUUGUAUCCUUAAAUGUGAAAGUGCAUCUAAGCAAGCUUUCCUUGGAGUUUGAUUUUAUUAAGACAAAUGAAAAUUAUGUUAACCAACAGUAGAAUCUAUUACAUAACUAGAUUGUUGUCGUUUAUACUCUAUGAUUGUUUUACUUAAAGGAAACCGUUUUUGAAUCAAUUAUGUUAUGCAUAUGGUGUUCAUGGAGAAAUGAAACAAUUUGGAUAAUGAUAUACUUUGGAUAUUGAAUCUUUUAACUACUAUAGCAAUUAUAUGGCGCUUACAGAGGCUUUAGGUAUUGAGGUUAAGCAGCUGUAAGAAGCCCCUGAACAUUUUAACUUUUUUUUUGGGUAAAUGUAUGUUUUAUGCUUUUUUGUCUUUAACAAGGAGUGAUUGGUUUGAAUCUGUUUGAAUUUCCAAAGUAUUUUUCAUAUCGACAACAUCCAAUUACUUGCUCGACCUUGGCGUAUAAUGCCAAGGUUGGUCAAGCUGUGUCAUAAUUUAGCCUUUUAUUUAUUGUGAGAAAAUAAAUGUAUGGAGCAUUAUCUGAGAUCAAUUUGAUUUCAGACUGGCUAGAAACAGCAGAAUCUUUCAAUUUUUACUUGAAUUCCUUUUCUCUUUUUAUAUACUUGCUGCUUCAGAGUGACAGAUUCUUCGAUUGUCUUCAUUAGGUUUCUUCCUUGUUUAAUGUAAGAGUUCCAGCUAUGAUGGAGCGACUUUUACAAAUAUGAUAGCAAGGUCAGAUAAGUAAACCCCUUCGAUCUAUGUUUGCAUGUCCAGAUAUUAGGAGGUAAUAAUACAAGGAGGAGGGUGGGUGUGACUUGUGAGGGAAACAACUGUUCAAGUCGAGAUUUGUAUGCCAGUGUUUCUGUUUGCAUCUUACUGAAAAUGGUUACUAUGUUCGUUUUCUGUCUGUUCUGAUUCAUAACUGCAGAUGGCAAUCAUAACGACUGUUGAGGCCUUGGGCUCUUGUCUCAGCGAGAGACAGAGUACUAGACUUUACACAAGAACCGAGUCGCCUUAUAUGUCAAAACAUGGAUUCUGAAUUGUAUUUCCCAUUUUGAAUUUUAAGAACUUAUUUGGUAAUAUGUUUUUAUUUGUCCUUUUAUUGACAGCUUUGAAACA